AUGUUUUACGAUAUCCUACUGUGGCUUGGGCUUUUGGCCGCCGGCUACACCCUAGGCAAGGUGAUCAACUUGGUCACGGCACUGUCGAAGGAGUUCACGGAGCCCAUUUCGUGCACCCUUGAGGAUCCCGACUCGACGUCCCCGGUCGCAUGCCCAUCCAUUUUUGACGCACCGACAAAGGCGCUGUCGUGCAUCAUACCUGCAUAUAAUGAGGAGGAUCGGCUGCCAUCAACCCUCGACGAAGCGCUUGCGUACUUACAGCGGCGACGGGACCGGCAGGGCCCGCAGUUCACCUACGAGCUCAUUAUCGUGGAUGAUGGCAGCAAGGACGGCACGGCCAGGGUGGCUCAGAGCUACGUCCGAAAGUACGGUAUGGACACCGUACGGCUGCUGCGAGUGUCGGCGAACCGCGGUAAAGGUCAUGCAGUGAAGCGCGGCAUGUUGGCGGCGCGAGGGGAGUACUGUCUGUUGAUGGAUGCAGAUGGCGCCACGCGCUUCUCUGACUUGGAGAAGCUGGAGGCGGAGCUGGACAAGAUACUGCAGCCGAGCUUUGGCCGGUCAUCGGCUGCCAGCGCCGCCACGGGCGACACGCAAGGUCCUUUGGGCGUGGCGUACGGCAGCCGGGCCCACCUACACAAGGACGCGAUUGUGAAGCGUAGUCGGCUGCGCAACUUUCUUACCCGGGGUUUCCACAUGCUGGUGUACUUCGUGGCCGGGGGGCGCAUCCGGGAUACACAAUGCGGUUUCAAGCUGUUCACCCGUCGCUCUGCAGCCAUCCUGUUCUCCAACAUGCGGCUGCAGCGCUGGUGCUUCGAUGUGGAGCUGUUGUACCUGGCGGAACAGCUGCAGAUACCCGUGUGCGAGGUCUUUGUCAACUGGACUGAAAUUCCUGGAUCCAAGAUUCGUUUCACGUCCAUCCUCCUGAUGGCGCUGGAGCUGCUGAUCAUAAAGGCGAGGCCGCCAGCCACCUCUGGGCUUCUAUCGGCGACACGUGGCCUCACUCACGCGCUGGGAACAUAG